CAACAACAGAGUGAAGAUGGCGGAGGUUGAUUUUGGUGACAGUGAGCUCUUUGAACAAUUGGAAGAGAGUAUGCCUGUUGCUACUCACAUUCGGUUCACUGAGGAGGGUGGAGAAGAAGGGUCUGAGCUCAAGGAAAGAUUGGAGGAGUGUGAGGAGACAAUCCGGAGUCUAAUAGAAGAUAAUAUCCUUGUGUGAGAAGCUAGCGGGUGCUAGCUAGCUAGCCACCAUGUCUGUGGCCUAACGUUAGCUAGCUAGCAAACGACACAUUUUAAUUUCACCGCUCACCCAGUCACUGGUUGGACGUGCCUCUUGACAGCAUUUCAGCUCACUAGCUUGCAAACUAUUUGGUCAUUGCAGCUAAAAAACAUACUAGCUAGAAUUCAUGCCAAAAAAAAACGACGUUUUCUGUCCAGAUAUUUGCAAUUUGCCAAGCCGUAAACUAGUACGUUAACUCCCUAGCCGAUUAAACUCAAGGAUUUACGAUGGAGACUUGGGCGGCAACUAGUGUGGGCGGACUGGAGCUCCGACAUCACAUAAAAGGACGUUUUUAUUUAAAACUACUGAUUUCAUCAACGAAAGAAUAUCCUACAAUUACACAUAACAAAAACGUAAUUUAUCCCCACACUAGUCGCCGCUCAACAUCUUUAAUCAUGUAGUUGAGUUUAAUCGGCUAGUAACUCCCAAGUCUGGUGCGGGGAAUGAUAACGUUAGCCUAAAACUGUUAAAUUAGGUCACUCUCUUUAAUGAAAUACUGCAGAGUUUAUGUACACAACUAGAAGUAGAUCCACUUUCCAUUCAUCCAAUUAUAAAUAGUUUGGUUUUAAAACUGAAUAAUCGUUUCCAAACAAACUAGCAGAUUGACUGAAUUUGCAUGAUGUCUAUGUUGUUUUGAUAAAUGUUAUUUUUCUUUAACCUAUUGUCCACAUCAAGAGUUGAAGAGAAAAUUGAAAGUUUUGACAAGGCCAAGGUAAGUUAUCGAUGCACUACUCACUACAGGCAUAACCUAUGUGUAAUGUCCUCAUUCAAAUAUUUUUCUUCCAGUGGCAUUAAUGUUGAAAACAUCAAGAUUGAUGGGCCUCUUCUACAGAUCCUUUUUGCAAACAAUAGCAUCUCAAAGUAGGUAUUUUUUUGGUUUCUUAGUAAAUCACAACUUUAUUUCAAUGUUCUAUGGGUAUUAACAUGUCAACUGUUCAUCUUUUCCCAGGCAAUGCCGUCAAGAAAUCGAAGACUCCAUCUGUAGUAUUGUUCAGAAACAUCAGCAGCAAGGAGAAGUUGAAAAAGGAAAUCCCUCCGGCAAUGUCAACCCUCAGGUACAUUUUCAGAUUUGGAGAUGGUCUUCCUCAAGCUUCAAAGAAUAAAAAAUGUUUUACAGGGAAACAUUUUCACAUCUGUUUUCUUCCACAUGCAGUCUUCAAGUUUCAUUAUGGAAGAAGAUCAGAAGACCAAGACCUGUGGCAUCAAAAAGAUGAAGGAGGCCUUCAGUGUGGGUGUUUUUUUGGAAUGAGGACAAUCUAGGUGUCCCCUGCAUGCCUUAUGAAAUGCAGCAUUUGCAUUUGUUUGUCUGGAUAUAUUUGUCUCGCUCUCUUUUCACAGAUGGUGGGAAGUGUCCUGUAUUUCACUAGUUUCUGUCUGGACAAACUUGGACAGCCCCUGCUUAAUGAUAACCCCCAGCAGACAGAAGGAUGGGAGGUUCCAAAGUAUCCUCAACACUGCUUGCUCUACCCUCUGUGGACAGCCCUGUGUCCUUCAGUCGCUUCUUCAACCUUUUCCUAAAAUGACACAUUUCAGUGUAGAAUCCAGCUUUGGUUGUUGGAGAACAUCAACUGGAAAGAAAUCUCACGCUUUGAACUAUUAUAUUUUCUGUCUUUAAUUGUAUGUAUUAAUGUACAUGGGAGUCGGUAUAUGAGUAAAAAAAAGUUUGCUAUGUCUUGUUACGCACUUUGAAACUACAGUUGCAUAAUUUUAUUGAGUUCCUGAAUUGUUGCAAAGAUAUCAGCAGGUCUUCAGCCAGGUCAUCGCCUUAGAUGGACAGGAAGUACAGAUGAAAGAGAAAAGGUAUAGCAGAGAUUUUGUUUUUUAUGCGGGAAAUAUCUGUAAAUUAUGACUAUCUUAUUGUUCUUUUUGUGCCCACACUACAGACCUAAGCCUUGUUGUUUCAACUGUGGGUUGGAUGGUCAUCAACUUCGAGACUGUCCUCAGGUAAGCCUUGAAUAUCAUUUGACUUUAAUAUGCAUCUUAUAACACGAAAGUUGUUUACUUACCAUGGGCAGACAGAAGAGCUUAAAACCAGGUUUGACACGUGAUCAACAGCUCUGUUCAUUUGCUCUCUUAGCCAAAGGACAUGGCCAGAAUCAACGAGAAGCGGAAGGAGUUUUCUCAUGGUAACCAGGGCAACCUGAGCAAUCAGCGUUACCAUGCUGAGGAAGUGGAGGAGCGAUUUGCCAGAUACAAACCUGGAAUCGUGAGGCAAGGCACAUUUGAAAAUGUCUGAAGGCACUGACACAAGAAGAAACUAAUUUGUUUUCAGUUGUUAUUGCAUGGUCAAAGUGAAGUUGUAGAACUAGGGUUUUUGGUAUCACAAAUCUCUUACCCAUUGCUUGUGUUUCUGGCAUUGAGCAGUGAGGAGCUGAUGUCUGCACUGGGAGUUGAUACGAACACCCUACCCCCUCAUAUCUACCGCAUGAGGCAGUUAGGCUACCCACCUGGCUGGCUUAAGGAGGCAGAGAUGGAGAACUCAGGUCUCAUGCUAUAUGAUGGGAAGGGUAAGAUUUCACCCGGAGAGACCAUAACCACCUUACCAAACACUUGCCUUGCAGUUUUGGUUGAAUCACUGAUCUUUCAUGAUUCUUAAUUAAUAUUGGGCUGCUGUGUAUUUAAACUUUGUUCACCCUUUAUAGUGUCAAAUGCUGGAGAACUAACAGAGGAGGACAAUGGACAAAGCAUUUCCUAUGAUGUUUCCAAGCUAGUAGAUUUCCCAGGCUUCAAUAUAUCUGCACUACCUAGUGUGAAAGAUGUAAGUCUUCUUGAAAUCAGUUUGCUGGCCAUCAUUAGGGUACAAGCAUACCAAUCUUUGCCACCACUUGUAGACCUUUGCAACCAACAUUUUCCCCCUGACUUUUAGGACUACAGGCUAUACGGCUCUAUUCCAAUACAACAUAACCAUAUGAAGCAGAAUUUUGCGGACUAUCUGUCCAACAAUUUUCCAAUGGUAACUACCAUUCUCCUAUUCCACUUUUUAAUCAAUUGUUUGUCCACUGUAUGUGUGCACACUAUAAACGAAUAUAUUUUGCCAAUAGCCUGGUGCCAACUGCAAUAAGAGACUGCAUGAAUCCGAAUCAACUCCCCGGCAGACGAAGAAAAGGAGAUCUGAUGCCAGGAGUUCAGAUAUGGACGUUGAUUCAGGUAGCGGUGUUAUUAUUCCAGGUGUCUGAACACAAUGUGAAAACAAUUACUCUAUCGCAACCAGCAGAUACAUUCUGCUUUUCACUGUCAUUAUGACUAGUCGGUCGGUCUGUCUGCAGAAAACAAUAGUCACUUAUGUUGUGUGUGCAAUGGCCUUGCUCUGGCAGUGCAUAACGCUUGUCAGUGUCUGUUUCCAGACCAGGAUACUACACCCCGCCGCCACCGGAGCUCAGACAGCUUCCAGUUCCAGCCCCCGCUGCCCCCUGGCUCGCCAUCCUUUGGUUCACCCCCUCCCUUACCUCAUGGUACACCACCAGCCACUCCCACUCCACCCCCUCUUCCUAAGGGAACACCUCCCCCCACGCCCACUAAUGGUUCACCGGCUCUGCGGGGACGCACUGUGGGAGUGGGUGAGGAGUCUGCAGUUGGGGAGGAGGAAGAGCUGACACUGGAGGAGCUGGAGGAGCAGCAGAGGCUGAUUUGGGCUGCAUUGGAAAAUGCUGACACCACCACCAACAGUGACUCUGAGACACCAGCUGUUGGAACACCCCUCCCCAGCUCGCCCAGCGUCUCCACACCCGCCCAAGUCGACACUGAAACUGAAAUGGAGGAAGGUGAGGCUGAAGAUGAGGAAAAGGAGAGAUCUGUGGAGGUUUCCAGCCACAACAGUGAUGAGCAGAUCAGUGUUGAUCCAUCUUCUAGCAAGUGUCAGGAUGAUGAGGAAGAUGCUGAAGAUAAAGGCAAGGUGAUUGAAGACGAGAGCAGCUUGCUGAAAACACCAGUCCAAGAGGAGAGCCCUAUGAGCCCUGAAGCUGCUGCAGAUAGAGGCAAUGUGCUUGCACAGAGGCCCAGCUUGCUGCAAACACCAGUCCAACAAGAGAGCAGUCAGCCAAACCCUUCAGAUCAGGAUGCUAUCGAGGGAGAUCUGUCCGACUCUGUGGGGAAGGUAACAGCCGUGCCUCACCGGAGUAGGUUUGCACAGGGCAUUAUUCCCUUUGAGGACACGCCAGAAUUCACUGAGGUUGCUGAGGCCACCGGGACAUACCUUAGAAUCCGAGACUUGCUGAAAGGUUCCCCCCGAAAUAUGGCGAAAAACAAAAAGUGAGAAAAGACUGGCUUGAAUUAAAAUCCAGGGAUUCUUUUGCAUAAACAUUUUUUUUAUUUUUUUUAUUCUGUGGAUUUCAUACAUUUCUAUAAGUGUGCCACAGAAGUUGGAGCUGAACAGUUUAUUGACCCGUCAUUCAAACCUCUUUUUAAUGGUUUAUUUUUUUUUUUACCAAAACGAAUGUAUUUUAUGCGUAUGAGUUAGCUGUGGUCUAUAAAGACGCAAGGUUUCUUAGAAUACUUUUUAUUUCAGGAAACCCCAUAAGCCAGUUUUGGCGUGUCAGUUUUGCCAUUCACAUAAAAUCAUUUUUGUAGCAAUGUUAACAUCCAUAUUGCUCUUUUAGGUGUAAAGAUAAGAUUUUAUAAAAUGUUUUUCCUCUUCUGUUUUUACCAUCAAUAGAUCAUUUUUCUAUGACUCAUUGCAUUCUAGGCGCGCCUCUUCUCAUGGUUCAAGUAGCCUCCCAUUGGCUACUCUUAUCAAAUAAGGACAUUCAACUCGAUUUUAAGUUAAUUUGAAACUCGAUUGGAUUGUUGAGGUGAUUUUAACUGGAUUUUUACAAUUCUAUCUUGACACAGGAAAUCGGUCUCUUCAUUCAGAAUCUCACUACAGCAGUAUGGCUCUGCUUAAUAUCGCACGUUUAUUUAUUUUUAAAGUAACAACCAUUGUACAUGUUUUUGUCAGCAUUAUAGACUUGGGUCAGCAUCUGGUCAUUGCUACUACAGAAUGGCACUAGAGAGCAGCAAAACUUAAUUUGACAGUUUCAGGUAACAACAAUAAAUUUGACUAAGAACAACAUGUCUCUAGAGGAGAAGAGUGUCAGAGGAGAUCGGCCAACUCUUUACUAAGGGGGCAAUGGUUUGUUUUCGUUAGGUUUGUUUUCGUUAUUCCAAAUUGGACUGUCAUUGUAGUUUUGCCAUUUGAAAGUCUGAAUGAAACGUACACAGUAUGUGGGAAGGUUGCAUGCAGUAAAAUCAUUUCUCAAGUUUCUGUUAUUAAAUAUUUCAAGAUUAUAAACCAUUUGGAGGGCUGGUUUUAAGGGUUGUGCUCGAUGGAGACUGGCCAAAAUUAGAUAUAGAAAUGGACUGUUGGUCUGAAGCAUUGUCCCAUUUCUUGACUACCCGCCCUGCUCUAAUAUAGCCUCCCUUUCAUUGCAGAAAUUAUUGAUCUGUACACUG